AUGGCUGAUAAUGACGUGAAGUCCAAGCUAGAAGCUAAAAAGAAGAGGCUCGAAGAGUUAAAGAAAGCUCGAAUCAAUCGCCAAAAGCCUACUCCGACCCCAGUGAAGGAAGUUGCAGCAACACAACACAUCAAUGUCGACUCUUUGAUAUCUGACAUCCCAGAUCCAAGGGUUGCCAACAACUCCAACAGCCCAGUAGCCAAUGAUAACAAAGAAACUGCGUUAUCACCGCAGCCAAAUGCUACAGCAAAUGCUGCUAAUAAUAAUAACGUCAGAUACCGAUUACCAAAGUUAUCUCAAACUAAAGUAAAGAAUGUGGAUAUCCAACCUGCUGAACAUAUAGAGUAUCCGAAGUGCACCCAAACUGAUGAAUCACAUUUACAGCAAAUAAUUAAAGAGAAAGAGGAGCAGUUGCGGACAGAGGAAGAAGAGCGUAAGAAGAAAGAAGAUGAGUUGGAGAAGAUAAACGACGCAGUUACUGAUGAAAACAAAGAGAAGGAAGAGGAAGAAGUAGUGUUACAAGAACUGUCCGACGAGCAGAAACAGCAAAUUAUGACGUCACAGGACUUCAGAUCUUUCUUUGACAGCGCAGCUCGUAUCGUUGAGAAGGCGCUUUGUGAAGAGAUAGAUGUGGGGUUCCUGUACAGUGGAGAGGGCCUUUUAGACAGUGGAGAUAAUGCGGAUGAACUGCUCCGACAAAACCGAGUAUUCGAGGACGAGCGUUGGACGCGCAACCGUAGCGUCACUUCUUUCGACUUCAACUCUAAGUACCCUGAACUAAUUCUAGUUAGUUACAACAACAACGAAGAGGCCCCAAAUGAGCCGGAGGGCGUGGUCCUGGUGUGGAACAAAAAGUUCUCUAAAACCUCUCCUGAAUACAUCUUCCAUUGCCAGUCUCCCGUGAUGGCAGCGUGUUUCGCCCGAUUCCAACCCCAUCUCAUUCUCGGUGGAACUUACAGUGGCCAGAUUGUGGCAUGGGACAUGAGGGCCGGAAAACGGACGCCUAUCCAACGCUCACCCUUAUCUGCAUCCGCUCACACGCAUCCAGUCUACUGUUUACAAGUGGUGGGCACACAAAACGCACACAAUUUGAUAUCAAUAGCAACUGAUGGUAAACUCUGUUCCUGGAGUUUGGAUAUGUUGUCCCAACCCCAAGAUACGCUAGAGUUGCAGCAGAAAACUAAGACGGUGGCCGUUACCACCAUGUCAUUUGCUCUGGGCGAGGUUAACAGUUUCCUAGUUGGAAGUGAGGAAGGGACCCUGUACUCUUCCUCCCGGCACGGGAACAAAGCUGGGAUAAACGAGGCUUUUGAGGGCCAUCACGGGCCCGUUACCGGCCUGGACUAUAACAAGGCUGUAGGUCAGGGAGAUUUCUCUCACCUUUUCAUAUCAUCUUCCACUGAUUGGACUGUAAAGCUCUGGAACAACAAGCUCAGUAAACCAUUAUACUCGUUCGAGAACGCCAACGAUUACGUGUUCGACGUAAAAUGGUCCCCGAUCCAUCCUGCUGUCUUUGCCUCGGUGGACGCCAUGGGCAAAGUGGACAUUUGGAACAUCAAUACUGACACUGAGGUGCCAGUGGUUUCCCUGCAAACAAACACUCGCACUGCGCUAAAUCGUAUGCAGUGGUCCUCCAACGGGAAGGAGCUUCACAUAGGCGACUGUGAUGGAAAAGUCUACAUGUAUGAGUUAAAGGAGAAAUUGGCCGUGCCACACAACGAAGAGUGGAAGAGACUAAACGACACCUUGAACGAGAUGCAGCAGCGAGUAACAGAAGUCCCCUUAGCUGUAUAGACAGACACAAGGAUAUGGUAUCUUGUAUAUAUUUUGUAGAGAUGUGAAGUAGGUUGCAUGGAUUGCAAACUAUCUACGCGAGGCGUCUACUCGAAGGUCUUUCUGUUUUGGGAAGUGUUACUUUACCUUCAGUCGUUGCUCGAUCGAUUUGUUAAAAAAUCAGACUGUACGUACAACAUUUGGUACUUGGGCUACCAUCGGAAAAUGAUUAUUCCUUGCCCCCUGAAAGUUUGUUGGUUCCAGCUCGUGGUGGAGAAUUUUGUUUGUAUUUGUUUCCUCUGUCAAAUACUGCUUUUAGUUUUCUUGAUCGCUUCGGGAUUUUGACCUUUUAGUAACCGGGAUUACAGUUUAUUACACAUAGGGAAUUUUCUAUUUACGGAGCUUUUUUGAUUAAAAGCCACUAUUUUUAGCUUUUGUUAAUACUAUGGUGAUUAUUAACUGUAUGUGACUAUUUAAUAAUGCAAUUUUCAAACGUAACGUGACAAUCAAAAUACCCUUUUUGUGAAAACAUUGAUAAAUAUUAAGUGUGUGUACUCUCUGCGGGGUUUUACGUUUUAACAAAUUUCUCUUGAUUGCUGUUUUGACCCUCCAAAACACACCAAUGAGUCAUCAACUUCUGUAAGCUUUUAUUCCAUCUACUUCCUUUAUGCUUUAGCAAAAUUAUGUUAGGCUGCAACCUGCGCAACAAGUUUACCUGCAUAUUGCAAAACUUAAUAAUCGCAUUCAAGGUGCGGUCGUUCUUGGAUCUCGGUUAUUUAAACUGUACGCAAUAGUUAAUUUAUGAAGAGGCAUUGAAACAUCUUACAAUGUUGAUUAUAUUUGUACAAUUGGAACACGAUACGCUUCUUUCACUUCUCUUUUUUACUCUAUUAGGGAUUGUUUAAUGUUUACACACAUCAUGUAUAACCAAUAUUACAUGAACCAGAUGUUGGCCGAAAUUAUGUGAAGAAAUUACAAUCAUCCGCCUCCUAAUAUGUUGGUUUAACGUAAUAUGUAAACAAUCCUUUAUAAAAAUUGAUAUUACC